UUUCCCAACUGAUUCACACCCACACUUCUGAUUCCUGAUAGGUGUCAAUACAUAAAAGCAGUGUGGAUAAAAUAUUCCCUGUGCCACCAAAGGCAGUUAGAGACACAUCAGCGGAAAUCCUUUAAGUUCUUUGGAAAUAAACAAAUAAGGACCAUGGAGUUGGAUAUCUCUUUCCCAAUCACCUCCGCAGACGACUUUUAUGACGAUCCAUGUUUCAACACCAGUGACAUGCAGUUCUUUGAGGAUUUGGAUCCCAGGUUGGUACACGUUGGUCUGCUGAAACCAGACGAACACCAGCAGAAUGAAGACGAGCACAUCCGCGCACCAAGUGGGCACCACCAGGCUGGAAGAUGCCUUUUGUGGGCAUGCAAAGCCUGCAAAAGAAAAACAACCAACGCAGAUCGCAGGAAAGCCGCAACUAUGCGCGAGAGGAGGCGGCUGUCGAAAGUCAAUGAUGCGUUUGAGACGCUGAAGAGAUGCACGUCCACAAAUCCGAACCAGAGGCUGCCAAAGGUGGAGAUUCUUAGAAAUGCUAUCAGCUACAUCGAAUCUUUACAGACCUUGCUUAGGGCAGGAGGAGGACAAGAGGAAACCUACUACCCAGUGCUCGACUACAGCGGUGACUCUGACGCAUCCAGUCCGAGGUCCAACUGCUCUGAUGGCAUGGCUGACUUCAGUGGGCCAGCUUGCACUUCAAGGAGAAGGAACAAUUAUGACAGCGCUUACUUCAACGAAACACCAAAUGAUUCCAGAAACAACAAAAACUCAGUUAUUUCCAGUCUGGACUGUCUAUCGAGCAUUGUGGAGAGGAUCACCACAGAUACCUCUCCGUGUCCGGCUGUUCAGGAGGGCUCUGAGGGUAGCCCCUGCUCCUCCCAGGAGGGAUCUGUGCUGUCCGAGCCCGUUGCGACCGUUCCGUCACCGACCAGCUGUAUCCCUGCUUCGCACGAUCCCAACCCAAUUUAUCAAGUGCUGUGAGGAUAUGGGCGUUUGAGAAACCAACGAACGAACUGACUUUACAUUCUUCAGAACGAACUUAUUCCUUUACACAUGCAAUUGUUAUAGACAAUUGCCUAGACUUAUUGUUAUAGACUUGCCUUUGAGAUGCGUAGAGUUAAAUGAAUGAUUGCGUUCAGUUUCAUGUCGGCCUAUAGCAAGUCUACUGUCCAAUAUCUUAAAUGAAUACUAUUCCUGUUUAAUCUUCAGCAAUGAUAGGUCUUUGUCAAUGUGUGUAUGAAUGCACUGUGCCAAUGUGUGACCCUGUGGAAGACUGAAAACUAGGUGGCACUAAAUCGAUUAGAGAUUAAGAAAGUGUUUGACAGUUACCCUGCAUUUUAGACAGAAAUAAUUGUAGCCUAACUUACGAGAGGAAUUUACUUCUGGUUACCACCGCUGAUGACCAAUUACUAUUUUUCAACAUUAAUGUCAUCUUUCGAUUCCUCCGUUUGACAAAGAUUUCUCACGAUAAUGAAUGGAACACGAGGACCAUUUUUGUAUAUUUUGUAAAUAAGAGCACUGCUGAAAAUCAAACAAAAUCUUUACUUAUUUAAUGUUGCUUGUUGAAAGACGCUUGUAUUGUUGUGCCAAAUGUUAAACUUUAUAUUUAUAAGAAACGAGUGUAUGUCAACAUUUUACAAAAUAAAUAUUUAUACA